AUGAUUCCAACAACAAACAACACCAAUGAUCAUCAUCAUCACAUUAUGGAAGACUCCCAAGUAUCCUCACCUCCAUCAUCAUCAGCAGCAGCAGCAGUGGUGAGUGAGGAUGCGAUGCAAGAUUCUCAAGUGGAUGAAUCUUUAUCCACCACCACUCUGACCACCACCACUCGUACCACCACCACCUCUUCUUCUUCUUCUAAUAACAAUCAUAACAACACUCCUCCUCUUCCAAUUUCACCUUCACUCGUGGGUUGGACUGAACCCUCCACACUUCAAGAAAAGAGAUCUCUCUAUGCAUGUGGCAAUGAUUUUGUCACUUUGGAUCAAUUAGAGUUAUAUCCAUCGUAUGCUGAAAAGAAUCGACUUGAACAACCAUCGAUUGAAGGUAUUAAAAAAGUAUUCUCUUCCUAUCUCAGAAAUAGAGAAUAUCCAAUAUUAUCUCAAUUCAAUCCUGAACAUGAUGCCAUCAAGAAGGGUUAUUAUGACUAUAAUGAAGCAAUUAAUAAGAAGAUUUCUUUUUUUAGAGGUGAUGUCUCUCAAUUGGAAAUUGAUGCUGUGGUGAAUGCUGCCAAUGAAUCCUUGUUGGGUGGAGGUGGUAUUGAUGGAGCCAUUCAUAGAGCUGCUGGUGGUAUCUUGAGAAAAUACAAUGCUCUUCUUAAUGGAUGUGAUACUGGAUGUACAAAGAUUUCACCUGGAUUUAAAUUACCAGCAAAAUACAUUCUUCAUACAGUUACAAAACCAACUCAACCAAAACCUGAACAAUCAACAAUUAAAAUUUCUCAAGCUCAAAAUAAAGCACGAAAAAUUCACCCUCAACCAAAACCUGAACCAACCCAACAACCAAAACAGGAAACUAAACAUUUAGAAACUCCUCAACUCAAAAUUGAACAAACUGGUCAACCCAAAAACAAAACUAAUUCAAUCUCAAUCUACUCGGACAGCAAUAUCUCAUCCUCAUUUUGUUAA